AUGCAUUUCACCAGUCUUUUGGCCCUCGCCCUGUCGCUGGGCACGUCUCAGGCCGCCCUCCAGGGGUUCAACUACGGUAGCACCAACGGCGAUGGCAGCAGCCGCACCCAGUCACAGUUCCAGGAGCUAUUCAAGACCGCCAAGGGCCUCGUCGGCACCGAGGGUUUCAACAGCGCCCGUCUGUACACCAUGAUCCAGGGUGGCACCACCAACGACCCCAUCUCGGCCAUCCCCGCCGCCAUUGCGUCUGACACCACCCUGCUCCUGGGUCUCUGGACUUCCGGUGGCAACACGGACAACGAGCUGGCUGCACUGAAGUCUGCCAUCAGCCAGUACGGCGACCAGUUCGCCAAGCUGGUGGUUGGUAUCUCGGUCGGCAGUGAGGAUCUCUACCGCAACUCGCCCACUGGAGAGAAGUCCAACGCUGGCCCCGGUGUCCAGCCCGACGAGCUGGUCGACUACAUCAACCAGGUCCGCUCCCUGAUCAAGGGUACCGGCCUCAGCGGCGCCCCCAUCGGCCACGUCGACACCUGGACCUCCUGGGUCAACAGCUCCAACUCGGCCGUGAACGACGCAGUUGACUGGCUCGGCUUCGACGGCUACCCAUACUUCCAGAACACCAUGGCCAACUCGAUCGACGACGGCCUGUCCCUGUUCAACGACGCCGUCGCCAAGACCAAGUCCGCUGCUGGUGGUAAGGAUGUCUGGAUCACGGAGACUGGCUGGCCCGUCAGCGGCUCGACCGAGAACCAGGGUGUCGCCUCCAUUGCCAACGCCAAGCAGUACUGGGACCAGGUCGGCUGCCCCCUGUUCGGCAAGGUCAACACCUACUGGUACACCCUGCAGGACGCCGACGCCUCUGCCACUCCCAACCCCAGCUUCGGCAUCGUCGGCACCACCCUGAGCACCAAGCCUCUGUUCGACCUGACCUGCCCCAAGCACUCCGCCUCCUCGUCCGCCGGCUCUUCCACCGGCUCUUCCUCGGGCUCAUCUAGCACCUCGGCAUCGUCGUCGUCUGGCAACGGCUCUUCCUCCGGCUCGACCACUUCCACCGGCAGCAGCUCCGGCUCCUCCUCCAGCGCCAGCGGUGGCAAGAGCUCCAGCGGUGGCAAGGGCUCCAGCUCUGCUGGUGCCACAUCUACCAAGGCCUCUGGUUCCGGCUCCGCCUCCGGCUCUCCCUCGCCUACCUCGACCCCCAACGCUGCCACCCGCGCCUCGGGCUCGGCCUUUGGCAUGAUCAUUGCGGGCAUCGCUCUCGCCAUGCUGGCUUAA